UGCCUUCUUUGUCAUCCUUUUGCUAUGCAAAAGAACACAGACUUCCUCUGUUUGUCAAUUUCUUCAAACUACUUUCAUCUCUUUACCUCUGUAAAGCUCUCUCCUUUCUGGAAGUCUGAUCAAAGCAAGUGAGAAUGGCAAGACCUGGAAACAAGAUCAUACAAGCCAAAUUGGUGCUUCUAGGAGACAUGGGAACUGGGAAAACAAGUUUGGUACUUAGAUUUGUCAAAGGCCAGUUUUUCGAUCACCAGGAGCCAACCAUAGGAGCAGCUUUUUUCACUCAGAUACUAUCUUUAAGUGAAGCCACUGUGAAAUUUGAUAUAUGGGACACAGCAGGACAAGAACGAUACCAUAGCUUGGCUCCUAUGUACUAUCGUGGUGCAGCAGCAGCUGUAGUCGUCUAUGACAUCUCAAGCACGGAUACAUUCACUCGAGCCAAAAAAUGGGUUCAAGAAUUGCAGAGGCAAGGGAAUUUAAAUUUGGUGAUGGCAUUGGUUGCAAAUAAGUCUGACUUGGAGGCAAAAAGGGAGGUGGACAAUGAGGAAGGGGAGCAAUUUGCUCAAGAUAAUGGGAUGUUUUACAUGGAAACUUCAGCCAAAACCUCGCAGAAUAUUAAUGAACUUUUCCACGAAAUAGCAAAGAGAUUAGCAAGAGCUUGCCCAUCAAAGCCUAUUGGAAUGACUCUAGCAACACGAGACAGAAGAAGAAAAUCAUUUUGUUGCUUGGGGUGACUACCUGUUCUCACAUAUAUUUGGGCUAGUGUUUGUCGAAUGAUCCUUUUUUGCCUCUUGGUGGUUCAGCUGGAGGUUGGUUUCUUCCAAGUAUAAUACGGAGUCUCAACAAAUUGCUCACAGGAAUCAAGGAUGUUAUGACUUAAAAUUGUUCAAAGUUAAAGAACAAAUUUUCCUAUUUGUAUAUGAGUGAUGAUAAUGCUACAUCAUGCAAAUUUAAUCUGUAUAUUCUUGCAAGUGUUACAGAAUAUCCAUGUUGCCUUGACUAUUCAAGGUGACUGAUGUUAAAGAAAGCUUUUGAAUCAGAAACCAGAAAGGCCAAAAUGGUACCUAGGUAAUUGGUCGCGCA